AGUUGGAAUGUAGCUAGGAAAACAACGACACACCAACUUUAAAAAGUUUUUUCCACACACAACAUGUGGGAUUGGCGUUUAGUUUUAUUUUUUUUACUAAACUUAGGAGUGAUUAAUUCACAAACAAAAUGUGGUAUUCCCAAUGGGACGUUUUUGAAACAGCAAAAGAAUUUGGAUCAAAAAAUUGUUGGAGGAGUUGAAGUUGGGUAUUUUAAGUAUCCCUGGUAUGUUGCUUUAACCAGGGAGGGUGAAAUUUAUUGUGGAAGUACUUUGAUACACGAAAAAUACAUUGUAUCUGCUGCACAUUGUUACGAAGAUUUUUUUGAUCAAGCUUCAGCUGGUAAAAUAAAAUUAGAAAACGUCCUAAAACCAAUUUUUGGUGUUUAUAAUAUUUGCAACACCCACGAGCCAACACAACAACGUAAAAAACUUGCUAAAGUGUGGAUUCAUGAAAAAUAUGAUAAAAAAGGGGAUUAUUAUGAUAUAUCCCUUUUAAAGUUAAAGAAAAAAGUUGAUACUAAUAAAUUUAUGCCAUGUUGUCUUCCAACUAAAGUUUAUAACUCCAACACACGUCCAAAAGAAGGUCUUAUAACCGGAUUAGGAGAUCAAGUAUUUAAUGACAGAAACAUAACUUGUCUAGCUAAAGAAGCAAGGAUUUUAAUUUAUUCUGAUGAUGUUUGUAAGAAAACAUUAACCGAUCCCGGUCAAGAUCCUUCAAAAACUCCGCUAAUUGGAGCUUUUUGCGCUGGGUAUUUAGAAGGAAAAGUUGAUGCUUGCCAAGGCGAUAGUGGAGGUCCAUUAACGAUAUUAGCACCUGAUAGCAAAUACAUUCUUCUCGGUGUUGUUUCUUUUGGUGAAGGUUGCGCAAAACCGGGUCAUCCGGGGGUUUACACGGACGUUUCGCAAUAUUUAGAUUGGAUUUAUAAAAAAAGUAAGAUUCCCCGACCUUCAACAACUGAGCCUACGAUUCCAACGGAACCAGAUGAAACAACCUCCUCAACUAAAACACCAAAACCAACUAAGCCAACAACUUCAGAUGGAUCUUAUAGUCCAUCAACUUACACUUUUCCCGACGUUAUUCCAACUCAACCGUAUAUUCCUGAUCAAAAUCAAAAACCACCUCAGGUGAUAAUAAUUGUAAAUAAGAAGAAUAAGAAUGGUACAAAAAGUCACCAUAGUAAUAAAAGGAGUAAUAAAAAGGAAAAGGAGAAGAUUAAAAAGGAAUGAUUUAUGUAAAAAAAAAAUAAUUCAAUACAAUUCCAUAUUAAAGUAUAAAGUUAUUAUGAUUACGUUUUCUUUUGUGUAUACGCAGCUUUAAGAUAAAAAAAGAAUAAAAAUGCAACAAAAAAA